AACUUGAAAUUCUAGCAUAGAGGACAUAUUUAAAUAGGUCCUAAUCUUAUUGAUUAUUUUUCUGAUAUUUAAUUUUUUUUCUAGGUGAUAGACAAAAUGUCACAAUUUGGAUCUGGUGGGGUAAAAAAUCCACCUUGGGCUAGGCAAGGCCAGCAAAACCAAUCGAUGUUGGGCCAAAACACCAAUAAUAGUAUGCAACAGCAGGGCGGGCAAAUGCAGCAAACACCAAUGGCGGGGCAGGCCUCUCUGCUCCAGUAUCCGCCACAACAGAUCUUCCAACAGAAUCAGAUGCAGCAGGCCAUGUCAAUGGGCCACGGUGUGAUGGGUGCAUCGCCCGCAGCUGCUAUGCCAACCAAUGCAGUUCAAAUGCAGCCGCAUAUGCAGCAAACCCAGCCGAACAUGUUCAAUCAGAUGGGCGCGAUCAGCUACCCGACCCGGCAGCAGCUGAAUACUGCCGCCUUCUCUCCGGCCGCUACCCUCGCCGCCUCCAGGCAACAGCUGAUUGCUGCUCCCAACACCCAGCAGCCGCCCCCGAACCACCACCAACAUCAACAGCAGCAACAACAGCAUCAGCAGCAACAACAGCCGAUGGUCAACUCUAACAACAACGCGUCGAUGAACACCCCGCAAAAGCAGCGCGUCUUCACCGGAGUUGUCACCAAAAUUAUGCCCGAUUUCGGGUUUGUCGAUGACGAUGUUUUCUUCCUAUUAAGUGUGGUGAAAGGGCCAGAAGUGACUGUGGGCGACCGUGUGCUGGUGACGGCCGUAUUCAACGCCUACAUGCAGCACAAGUGGAACGCACUCUGCAUAGAACUCCUUGACCGCACCCGUCCGCAGCCGUUCAGCAACUACAACGCUGUGCCGCCGCCCAUUGACAACUGUGGCAACUCGGGGAACAAUGACAUGGGCCGACGCCAGCGUCGCCGUGAGGAGGCGAGGAGUAGGAGGGAUGACGACGUCCUAGUCGAUCGCAAGAAGCGGAGGGAGGACCGCAGGGAGAGAGACGACAAAGAUAAAGACAAGGAGAGAGCACGCAGUCCAUCGACAUCGGUUCGCAAGCGCAGUAAGAGUCCGCGCCGGCGAAAAGUGCGCGCCAUUCCGCGUUACAUGGUCUUCAUUCCGCAAAUAACGCUAGAUGUCCGAGAAGCCAACGUGAUGGAGCUGAAGAAGCGCUACACGAGCAUGUAUGUGCCAUCGGACUUCUUCACGAGUCUGAUUCCCCGAGUAGAUGUGUUCCCCGCGCACCGCAGUCUCAGUCUUGACAAGCCGUGUGCCUUCCACAUCAUGCACAAGGAUGUGUCGCCGCCCCCUCUGCUCGCCGCCGCCCCUCAGGAUCCGCACGAUGCUGACUACCUCUUCUCCGCAAAGGUUAUGCUGUUGGGUAUGCCGCCACUGGCCGACAUCUACAAGCGGGCGUGUUUGCUGGCGGAGGACGCGGACUUGGAAGGGGGUGGAAGCAUCACUGGCAGCAGCGAGUGUGUCCACGUGACCCGGCUCAUCCAGCUGCUGGUCGGCGUGCGUGGCAAGAACGAGAACAUGGCCAUCGGCGGCCCGUGGAGUCCGUCGCUGGACGGCGCCGAUCCGGCCACUGAUCCGUCGGUGCUCAUCAAAACGGCCAUCCGUAACUGCCGCGCGCUCACCGGCAUUGACCUCUCCAAGUGUACUCAGUGGUUCCGCUUUCUGGAGAUUUACUAUCGGCGCGCCGAAUCGACGCACAAGGGCAAGCUGGUGCCGGCCCGUGUCGAGACGGUCGUCAUAUUUGUGCCGGACGUGUGGAGCUGCACCCCGACGCAGCUGGAGUGGGACUCGCUGCAAGCCGCCUACAAGCAGGCGCUCGCUCGCAAACUGCAUGCUGGCGACGACGAGCCUGAACCCGCUGCAGAUGUCGACCCGACAGACACAGACGACGAAGAACAACUUGUAGCCGAUGUUGAGACGCCGUCUGUCGACACCGACGCGGAUACGUCUGUCGACGCGGCUGCAGAUCCGUCGGAAGCGGCAGACGAAAAGGAAACUGAGGAAACUGAAGGUGGGGAGAAAAAGAAGCCGACACAUCAUUCGCAACUUGAUGUCAAGACUAUGAAGGUGACUUCACUGAGAGACGAGCUGGAAGCCAGAGGACUUUCUCCGAAGGGAAUCAAAUCGCUGUUGACGGCCAGGCUCACCAAGGCACUCAAAUCGGAGCAGGAUACUUCCGAAGCAGAUGAAAAGUCCGAUUCGAAAUCGGAAACGCCCACUUCUAGGUCACCUUCUCAUAAAGACACUGAUAAGGAAGAAAAGAGAGAGGAGAAGGACAAGAAGGAGAAAAAAAAGAAAGAGGAUGAGAGUGUGACCCCGAAGAAGAAGAAGCCGAUCGAUGAGAAGGAGCGACAUCUGCUUGAGAAGCGCUACACUCUGCCUGAGUCGCCCUCUGUGGUGGUGCACCCCUCUCUCACCGCCAAGUCCGGAAAGUUUGAUUGCUCGCUCAUGUCGCUUUCUGUCCUGCUCGACUACCGUGAGGCCGAUACUAAGGAACACUUUUUUGAAGUAUCACUUUUUGCGGAAUUGUUCAAUGAGAUGCUGAUGCGUGACUUUGCGUUUCGCAUUUAUCGUGCUCUUCUGGAGGCGCCCGAGAAACCCAAGGAGGAGAAAGAUGACAAGGAUAAGAAGGAUCGCGAUAAGAAAGAUAAGAAAGAUGACAAGGACAGGAAAGAUGACAAGGACAGGAAAGAUAAAGAUAAGGAAAAGGAUAAACGUGAAAAGGAUGAGAAGAAAGACUCGAAAAGAAACGAAGAAGAGGAAGAUGAGGAUGAUGACGAAGAUGAAGAUGUUGAUAGUGAAAUUGAUCUCUUAAAACAGAUGAUCAAAGAAAGGAAGGAUAAAAGCAAGAAGAAACGGGAAAAAGUGAAAAUGGUAACUGAAGACCCUUUUCUGCUGCUGGCGUUCGUCUACUUUGACCAAAGUCAAUGUGGCUAUAUUCUUGACAAGGACCUGGAAAGCAUUCUGCUCACGUUGAAUCUAAAUCUGUCGCGGUCACAGAUCAAGAAAUUGGUUCAAAAGGUCGUCACCGGGACUUCUCUGCAUUAUCGUACUCUCACCGAUAAACCAAAAGUUGAUGACAAAGAUAAAGAGACUGAGAAGGAUGGUGACUCGAAAUUGAAUGGAGACCAGAAAAAAAUCGACAUUGAAAGUGCAGCCGCAGGUAACAAGAGCUUGCUGCCCAUUUUCCGUUUCGAAACGGACUCGGGUUCUUCAUCGAAAAUGACUUCCAGCGAUGACACAAAUGAUAAGCCAUCUUCAAAAGGGAGAAUUCUGUAUAAAGGAGCUGUCAUUGACAUAGAACAACUGUUGAAUCAGUUGAAUAGAAGUGAGACGGCUAGAACAGAAACUGAGAAGCACCUUUUCAAACUGAGGAGUGAUUAUGCAUCUUUGAAAGAAUACUCCAGCAGGUGUGAAGUGAACUUGAAGGACAUCAAAGCUGAACUGAAAGGAGUGAAGGAGAAACUAUCCAAUAACGAAACUGGAUACUCCAAAAUGGAGGCGAAAGCUAAUCAGUACCUUGAAACGAUGGUUGAUAUUAAUAAGAAGAUAUUGCCUUUCAUCCAAAAAGAAUUGAAAGAAGAAAUGGCCAGCACAGAAACUGCGAAGAUAAAAACUGAGAAGGUUGAAACAUGAGAUGGAUAUCAUCAAGACUGAUCUUCGCCAAGGCUAAGUGUUCAGCCAAAGUUUCAACUCUGUUUCAACUAUUUAUAUUUUUGCUAUUUGAGAUAGUUGCAGAGGAAAUCUUAGUUUAUUGAUAGACUGGAUGUAAUCAAUUACAUAUUGCAGAGACCGUUUUAAUACUCAUUAAAUUCAUUUAGGUUAGGCCUUUCCAAAGCAAUAAUAGUAGAAAUAGAAUACAGUAAAAGUGUUUCUAAUUUAUGUGUUUAAUUCCAAGUGAUUGAACUACAGUUGCCACAGACGAUGCUAAUGGAAACCACAGUUCUUUUCUCUCCCUUUGUCUCAAACUGUUUGAUUUUUUGUUUCAAAUAAAAUUUAGUAAGUUUACAAACAGGUACUAAAUACGUUUGUUUUUGUAUUCAUUAAAUAUAUUUGUUUUUCAACUCUUCAAUUAUAAAUUACUGUAUGAUAUUCAGUUUUGGUAAGCACAUGAAACAUGAGCUUAUUGUAAAAAAUUUGGUAUUAUUUAAAAUUGAAUACUUUUUGAAGCAGUUAUUUAAUUUUGAUUAAACAUACAUUUUGUUGGCUUUAUCUAUCUUGAUAAUUGUUAUAAAUUGCAUAAUUUUUUAGUAGAUCAGUGCUUAUUAGAGUAAGUACCUAGAUUGCUAGCUUGUUUUAUGCUGAAAACUGUGUUUUCCAAAAUUGAAGAUUCUAAGAAAACUUUUUAAGGAAUAUUGAUAAUGUAUUAUUAUUUAAAAUAAUUAAAUUGAUAAUUAAUUAUUCAUUUAAUUAAAUUAACUAAAUUAUUAUUAAAUUAUCACAUUAUUAUAAGAUAGUUUUCUAGCUUGUUUUAUUAUGAUGAAAGCUGUGUUCUCCAAAAUUUGAGAUUCUAAGAAAACUUUUCAAGUAAUAUUGAUAAAAUUUAUUAUUUACCAACUAUUAUUGUCUUUGGAGUAUGAAUUUAAUUUUGUUAUAAUUUUUUUCACCAACUACUGUUUAAUGCUGUGUUGAUAAAUAUUUUUCAAUAGAGCCUAUUGACUAAACUUUUAUUUGAAUUGGACUAGUCGAUAAAGCAUUUUACCUUAGAUUUAAUAGAGUUGAUCGCAGUAUAUUUUUUCUACUUUAUUAUCAAUGUUGAAAAAUACUACAACAUUCUACAAACUACUCUAAUUCAUUGACAGGUUUGCAAUAAAUUUGUUUAGAGGAAGUGCUAAAAA